AUGGCCGAGGACGACACCUUUCCCGUGCUGUGUGAGGUAUGCCUGGGACCCAACCCAUACCUCAAGAUGACACGGGCGAGGUUCUCGAAAGAGUGCAACAUCUGCACCGAGCCGUACACGGUGUUCCGAUGGAGGCCAGGAGGAACGGCUCGGUUCAAGUCGACGGUCAUCUGCCAGACGUGCGCAAAGGUGAAGAACGUGUGUCAGACGUGUAUGAUGGACCUGACCUUUAAUCUGCCGGUUCAAGUCCGUGAUGCGGUGCUUGCCGAGGAGGCGGCCAAGGGUGCGUCGGGUGUGGCGGCGGGAGCGACGGCCGCUGGCGGCGGACCGCUGGCUCUGCCCUCGCAGCUCAUCCCGGUCUCGGACAAGAUGGUCAACUACACGGCGGCACAAAACAGGGCGGCGGUGGAGAAGGGUCUCAUCAAGUGGGGUGCAGAAGUUGCGUCGUCGCGGCUGCAGAGCAUGGCAUCAUCAAAGAUGAGCUACAAGCGCAACCGUGCCCGGCCGUGCACCUUUUUCCUCCGAGGCGAGUGCAACCGUGGCGAUGAGUGCCCGUUCCGACACGAGAUUCCCGAGCACGACUACAACUUUUCACACGAGUCGUUCCGCAACCGUUACUACGGUAUCGACGACCCGUACGCCAAGAAAAUCCUGAGCAACGACGGCGGCGGGGGUGGGUCGCGGAGCGGGCGGUCCGGGGCGCGUGUUUCGCACGGGCACGGACCGAGCCGGCCCAAGCCGGCGCCGCCGGCUGAUCCAGCUGCCACCACGUUGUUCUUUGGCGGCGUCGUAGACGCCCGCAUCGGCGAGCCGGAUCUGAGAGCGCUCUUUGCGUGGGCGCGCGGCGGCAUCCGCUCCAUCUCGAUCCAGCCCAAGCAUGCGUGCGCGUUUGUCCGGCUCGGCUCGCGGGCCGACGCCGUCGCUGCCAUUGACCGCUACUGGGACGGCGUGGAGGUGAAAGGCCUCAUGCUGCGGAUCAACUGGGCCAAGCCGCGGCGGACCGGUGUGCAGGCAGGCGCGGCGCCGCCCUCGGCCAUUGUUCAGCCCGGUGCUGCGGCGAGCUCCAGCAGCCGACCGGCGGCAUCUGGCUCGAGCUCACUCGUCGGCGGGAACGGCAGCGAUUCGGACUCGGACGAUGAGGGCGGAGCUGGCGGCAUCCCGGGCAUGGGCGGGUACGGUUCUGUCCGGGUGCUCCCGCCUCCGGGCGCGACCAAGAUUGUGUACCGUGCACAAGAUCCGGCCCAGGUCGGAAGCACCAAGUAGAAGGCUGGGCUGGGAGUGUAUUUAGCAAUGGGGAGCGUUACGGACCCGGGCGGCGGAGGCCUGCGGCGGCCAGUGCCGCAUUGUCGUCGACGACAAAUGUGAAUGGCGGCGGCGGCGGGCGCUCGGGUUCUGCAGACGGCACGUCGACGGCGUCGAGCUCGACCAUACGGAUGCGGAGCUCCAUCUCGGCGAGCUUUGCGGCAUCUGCCGAGGCCUCGGGCGAGAUAAGCGGCUGGCCGGUGAGGGCGCGGAGGCCGUCGGUCCAGUUGACAAAGACCUUGCGGUCGCGGGCGACAGCAUCGAUGGUCAUCUCGCCCGAGGGCGUGGGGCUCUUGAGGACGAUGGAAAAGGCGAGGUCGGUGAUGGCCGGGUCGGGCUUCUUGAGAGCCAUGACCAUAGGCGACGAGGCGCCGAUGGCGACAGUGUGGACGUCUGAGACGAGGAUAGGCUCGAGAACGGUGAUGGCGCUGGCGGCCUCGACAGGCGAGCCCUGCGGGUCAGGCGCGGAGCCGAAGCGAAUGUCCUGGACUGACUCGCCGACCAUGAUCUUGACGACGGUCCGCUUGACAGCCUUGCCGUCCUGCGUGUAGGCCGAAAACAAGGUAGGUGUCUGCAUGGCAGCAAUGCGUUGGGCAGCGACGAGUUCGAGCAUCUCUGCCGUGAGCGAGGCGCGGAGCUCCUCGACGAUGGGCGCCUCGGCCUCGCGAAGCCCCAUGGCGGCAAAGGCUUCCUCAACGGUGCCGAUACGCUUCUUGAGGCCUGUAGCCAUGAGAAAGGCGGCGCGGCGGAGCGAGGAGAGCGACUCGGGGUUUGCACGGAUGACCUCGGCAAGCUUGGCAAGAAUGACGGCGUUGCCCUUGCUAAAGUCCUCGUAUGUGCAGUUGAGAUCGUUCCACAUCUUGUCGUAGGCCUGGGCACAGAUGGCAAAGACCUCGAGGAAGGCGUCGCCCUCAAAGAGGCCGAUGGCCGAGCCGGCGUCGUCGCUCGACGAGGCCGGCUGCGGUGGCUGGGCUGCGGUGUCGAGGAGGCAAAGGAAGACGGUGCCCGGCUCGCCGGGCACGCGCUCGCGGUUGAGCGACAUGACAUCGAUCAUGGUGGAGACGAUGGAUAUCCAGGCGGCCGAGAACGGGUAGUCGCGCUCAGGGCGCUUGGCCUGUGCGGCUACAAUAGUGUUGCCGAUCUGCGGUGCCUUUUCAAACAGCUGCAUGGCGACGUGGAUGCCGAGCAUUCCUGUGGCGCGCAGCUCUGCGGCCGGAUCGGUGGUCUGGAAGCCGAGCCGGCGCCAGUCGGAGAGCUCGGACAUGGCCUCUUCCGGGUACACGAGCGCCCAGUAGCGGAGGAGCAGAAAGUCGUGCUCCUCGUUGUCCGACUCAAAGUUGGAGAGCAGGAGCUUGCGGCAGGCGCCGAGGCGGUAGUUCUGGUACACCACCGUGGCCUCACGGAACGCCGGGAGGUCGACGACGUUGACCUGUGACUUGAGGG